AUGGAGCGGCUCCUGGCCCAGCUGUGCGAGACCAGCGUGUUGCAGCCGCUCCCGGUGUGGGAGGGGGACACCACGGGCCACUGCUUCACCCAGCUGGUGCUCAGCGCCUUGCCCCACGCGCUCCUCGCCGUGCUGAGUGCCUGCCACUGGGGCACCCCGAGGAAUCCAGAUUACAUCCUGCACUGCAGUCCUGGCUGGCGGCUCCGACUUGCAGCUUCCUUCCUGCUCUCCGUCUUUCCACUGCUAGACCUCCUUCCAGUUGCUUUGCCACCAGGGGCAGGCCCAGGGCCAAUAGGGCUGGAAGUGCUGGCAGGGGGCGUGGCAGCUGUGGCCUGGACCAGCCACUGCCUGGCCUUGUGGGUGUUGGUUCAUUCCCCUCAUGGCCACUCCCGGGGACCCUUGGCCUUGGCUCUGGCUGCCUUCCUGCCAGCCCCAGCCCUAGUGCUCACCCUGUUAUGGCAUUGCCAACGAGGCACACUUCUGCCCCCACUUCUCCCAGGACCCCUAUCCCGCCUAUGCCUUCUCAUCCUGCAGCUGGCUGCACUCUUGGCCUAUGGACUGGGCUGGGCAGUCCCCGGGGGACCACGGGAGCCCUGGGCCCAGGAGCCCCUCCUGUCCCAGGAACAGGAACCUGAGAUAGCUGAAGAUGGGGAGAGUUGGCUGUCACGCUUUUCCUAUGCCUGGCUGACACCCUUGCUGUCCCGAGGGGCCCGUGGAGAGCUACGGCAGCCCCAGGACACUUGCCGCCUUCCACACAGGCUGCACCCCACCUACCUGGCUCGAGUCUUCCAAGCAUGCUGGCAGGAAGGGGCCCAGCUGUGGAGGGCCCUGUAUGGGGCCUUUGGGCAGCGCUACCUGGCACUUGGACUGCUAAAACUGGUGGGGACCAUGCUGGGAUUCUCGGGGCCCUUGCUGCUUUCCCUACUGGUGGGCUUCCUAGAGGAGGGGCAGGAGCCACUAAGCAAUGGCCUGCUCUAUGCCCUGGCGCUAGCUGGUGGGGCUGUCCUGGGUGCUGUGCUGCAGAAUCAGUAUGGGUACGAGAUACGGAAGGUGACACUUCAGGCACGGGGGGCUGUGCUGAAUAUUCUGUACCGAAAGGUUUUACAGCUGGGGCCCAGACGCCCUCCUGCUGGGGAGGCCCUGAACCUGCUAGGUACCGACUCUGAGCGGCUACUCAACUUUGCUGGGAGCUUCCAUGAGGCCUGGGGCCUGCCCCUGCAGCUGGCCAUCACCCUCUACCUGCUGCACCACCAGGUGGGCGUGGCCUUCGUGGGUGGUCUGAUCGUGGCACUGCUACUGGUCCCUGUCAACAAAGUGAUUGCCACCCGCAUCAUGGCCAGCAACCGGGAGAUGCUACAGCACAAGGAUGCACGGGUUAAGCUCAUGACAGAGCUGCUGAGUGGCAUUCGAGUCAUCAAGUUCUUCAGGUGGGAGCAGGCCCUAGGGGCCCGAGUAGAGGCCUGUCGAGCUAGAGAACUGGGGCGACUCAGGGUCAUCAAAUACCUGGAUGCAGCCUGUGUGUACCUGUGGGCUGCCCUGCCGGUUGUCAUCUCCAUCGUCCUCUUCAUCACCUAUGUUCUCAUGGGGCACCAGCUCACUGCCACCAAGGUGUUCACAGCAUUGGCACUGGUGCGCAUGCUCAUUCUUCCCCUCAACAGCUUCCCUUGGGUGAUUAAUGGCCUCCUGGAGGCCAAAGUGUCCUUGGACCGGAUUCAGCGUUUCCUUGACCUUCCCAACCAGAACCCCCAAGCCUACUAUAGCUCAGAUCCCCCCACAGCACCAUCUACGGUGUUGGAGCUGCAUGAAGCCCUGUUCUCCUGGGACCCAGUUGGAACGAGCCAGGAGACCUUCAUCAGUCACCUCGAAGUGAAGAAGGGUGCCUUGGUGGGCAUCGUGGGGAAGGUGGGCUGUGGGAAGAGCUCGUUGCUGGCCGCCAUUGCUGGGGAGCUCCACAGGCUGCAUGGACGGGUGGCAGUGUGGGGGCUGUCCAAAGGCUUUGGCCUGGCGACCCAGGAACCGUGGAUCCAGUUUGCCACCAUCCGGGACAACAUUCUCUUUGGGAAGACAUUUGAUGCCCAGCUGUACCAGAAAGUGCUAGAAGCCUGCGCCCUCAGUGAUGACCUCAGUAUCCUGCCUGCUGGGGACCAGACAGAGGUGGGGGAGAAGGGUGUGACCCUCAGCGGGGGACAGCGGGCCCGGAUUGCCCUUGCUCGUGCUGUCUACCAGGAAAAGGACCUCUAUCUCCUCGAUGACCCUCUGGCUGCUGUGGAUACAGAUGUGGCCAACCACCUGCUGCAUCGGUGCAUCCUGGGAGUGCUGGGCCACACCACAAGGCUGCUGUGCACCCACCGCAUCGAGUACCUGGAGAGGGCGGAUGUGGUGCUGCUGAUGGAGGCCGGGCGCCUCGUACAAGCCGGGCCUCCCUCUGAGAUCUUGCCAUUGGUGCAGGCUGUCCCCAAAGCCUGGGUUGAGGAUGGACAAGAGUCUGACUCAGCCACAGCACAGUCUGGUCAGAACCUGGAGAAAACAAAGGCGGGGCUGGAAGUGGAGAGGAACAUAUGUGGCCGCCUGCUGCAGGAAGAAAGCAAGAAGGAGGGUGCUGUGGCCUUCCACGUGUACCAAGCAUACUGGAGGGCCGUGGGCCAGGGCCUGGCCCUAGCUAUCCUCCUCUCGUUGCUGCUCAUGCAAGCCACAAGGAAUGCUGCUGACUGGUGGCUCUCCCACUGGAUCUCUCAGCUGAAGGCAGACAAGAAUAGCUCCCAGGAGGCACCAGCCCCCAGCAGCCCGGGAUCCAUGGGGCUUCUCUCUGCCCAGCUGCUCCUCUUCUCCCCAGGAAGCCUCUAUGUCCCCACUGCCGAAAGCUGCCCCAAUGGCUCUUCAGACAUCCGUUUCUACCCUGUAUAUGCGACCAUUGCCGGCGUCAACUCCCUCUGCACCCUUCUCCGGGCAGUGCUUUUUGCAGCAGGCACCAUCCGGCCGGCAUGCACCCUGCAUGCCGCCUGGAGUAGAGUCCUUAUGGCGCCAGUGACUUUCUUCGAGUCCACACCCGCGGGCCGGGUCCUAAAUCGCUUCUCCUCCGACGUGGCCUGUGCAGAUGACAGCCUUCCCUUCAUGCUCAACAUCCUGCUGGCCAACGCAGUAGGCCUGCUGGGCCUCCUGGCUGUGCUGGGCUCCGGCCUGCCCUGGCUGCUACUGCUGCUGCCACCUUUGAGCAUCAUCUACUACCGCGUGCAGCGCCACUACAGGGCCUCGUCCCGGGAGCUGCGGCGCCUGAGCAGCCUCACGCUGUCUCCCCUCUACACCCACCUGGCCGACACCUUGGCUGGCCUCGCAGUGCUCCGGGCCGCCGGGGCCACUCACAGGUUUGAAGAGGAGAACCAGAGACUCCUGGAGCUAAACCAGAGGUGCCAGUUUGCUGCCAGUGCUGCAAUGCAGUGGCUGGACAUUCGGCUGCAGCUCAUGGGGGCCACAGUGGUCAGUGCCAUCGCGGGCAUCGCCCUGGUGCAGCACCAGCAGGGCCUCGCCAACCCAGGACUGGUGGGCCUGUCACUAUCUUACGCACUUUCCCUGACGGGCCUGCUCUCGGGCCUGGUGAGCAGCUUCACGCAGACAGAAACCAUGCUGGUGAGCGUCGAGCGACUGGAGGAGUACUCCUGUGACCUACCCCAAGAGCCCCAGGGCCAGCUGCCACGGCUGGGCAUUGGCUGGCUGACCCAGGGGAGCGUGGAGUUCCAGGAUGUGGUGUUGGUGUACCGGCCAGGGCUGCCCAAUGCCUUGGAUGGGGUGACCUUCCGCGUGCAGCCUGGAGAGAAGCUGGGCAUCGUGGGCCGCACGGGCUCUGGCAAGUCUUCCCUGUUGUUGGUGCUCUUCCGGCUGCUGGAACCUAGUUCGGGGCGAGUGCUGCUGGACGGUGUGGACACCAGCCAGCUGGAGCUGGCCGAGCUCAGAUCCCAGCUGGCUGUCAUCCCCCAGGAACCCUUUUUGUUCAGUGGGACUGUUCGGGAAAACCUGGACCCCCAGGGCCUGCAUGAGGAUAGGGCCCUGUGGCAGGCCCUGGAGCAGUGCCACCUGAGUGAGGUGAUCAUGUCCAUUGGUGGUUUGGAUGGUGAGCUGGGUGAGGGAGGCCGGAGCUUAUCCCUGGGGCAGAGGCAGUUGCUGUGUCUGGCCAGGGCUCUCCUCACGGAUGCCAAGAUCCUGUGUAUUGAUGAGGCCACAGCAAGUGUGGACCAGAAGACAGACCAACUGCUCCAGCAGACCAUCUGCAAACGCUUUGCCGACAAGACAGUGCUGACCAUUGCCCACAGGCUCAACACGAUCCUGAACUCUGACCGGGUGCUGGUGCUACAAGCGGGGAGGGUCGUGGAGCUGGACUCCCCUGCCGCCCUGCGCAGCCAGCCCCACUCACUGUUCCAGCAGCUGCUACAGAGCAGCCACCAGGGAUCCCGCUCCUCUCCCUGA